UAAAAUAGGGGGUUAGGACACAGCACAAGGGUGUUGAGUUGGAGACAUGCUUGUCCAUACAGGAUUCAGUAGGCCUUCAGGUACCUGGAUCAGGUGAAGCUAGGGUGAGGAGAGGGAAGGUGGUGCCCAGGAGAGCAAAGGCAACUUCAGGUAACAAGAGGAAAGCAGCAAGGCUGUUAAUUUCCUUGAUUAAUUCAGCAAACAUUCCUUGACUGUAUGAGCCCAGACAUGAGCCUUGGACUCUGGACAUAAAUUCAGCCAGUCUCCCUGUUCUGUAGCCUCUCAGUAGGGUAGUCAGAAACUUGUCUGACUGGGACAGUAACAGAUGGAGGAAGAAGUUCCUGAGGGAAGCUAAUGGGCUGUGGCUGAAUCUGGGACGAAUGGGAAAGGAGCCAGCAGCAUCAAUGUUGCCAGAACUCAACUUUGAAGCCUAAGUCUUCUACGGGCCCAAGUCUGACUCCAGUGAAUUCAAAGGGGUCAUUGUGCAUGGCUGGGGAGGGCUGAAGGCAUGGAGCUUCCAGGGAUAAAGAUGGGGGCAGAAGACCUAGGGGAGGAGUUCCGUGAAGACGGUGUGAACUGGCUAAAGAACCUGAGCCUGGGGCGUCCCGGGGUGGGAGUGGUAUGUUUGAGGGGCCUGAGCAUAGUGACCAGUGCACAGUAGACCUGGCCUUCCCUACACACAGAUGAAGCUUGUAGGUCACGAGAAGAGCACAGUGUGGAGGGACUGCAGAGAGCAAGGAAGAGCCCUCAAGUGUAAUGGGCAGACAGUGAGGACCAGGGCGGGGACACUGUAGAACUUUCAGCCCGACAGAAUCUCCACGAUUCCCAAACCGUCGCACGUUUCUGACUUCAUGCCUAGAAUACUUCUCCCUCACCCCAUACCCAGCUGUUCUUUCAAGGCCCAAGUAUCACCUCCUCCAGGAAACCCUCUCUCCGCCAGAACCCAGGCUUUUUGCACCCCUUUGUGCCUGCCUCUAAACCAGCAUAUAUCUUGAGGUUUGGGGUCAAUGAUAUCUGCAUCCGUUGGGCUCCUCCCCUGUCUUCUGGGACUCACGGCAUGGGCUCCACUCAAGCAUGCCCCACCGAGGCUGUUCUCCAGGGGUUUGCAGGUGGAAGGGCAUUUUUAAGGAAUUAACACCACCACCACGACCGCCAGAGGUGUGGGCUGAGGGGGAAAGAGAGUAGAAAUGCUCCUAAGGAUAUUUUGGGUCCCCAAGCAGCUGCAGGAGUUGGGGACUCGUCUGAUUGGGGCUUGGCAGCAGCUUGGCAUCAAGAAGGCCCAGUCAGAAGAUAAGGCUGACCUGGGAACCAGGCCUCAGGAUGAGGCUUUUAACAGCGCAUGGCUUGAGGCCAAGGGGCAGCAGAAGGUGCUCAGGCGGGGCUCUGGGGUGCAGCAGGCAGCCUCCCCUCGCGCCCAGCUCAGCAGAACCUUCUUUGUGUCUGUCAGCGGCUGUGGCAGAGGCAGAGGCAGCUGCAGUGCAUCUCCCGUCUCCCAAGGUGACUGAUGCAGGCCAGCUGUGGGCUGAGGGCCGAGCGCUGCUCUUCCCUUGUUUACGAGUCCCUUAUCCCCUCCCUGGCAUGCGCCUCACAGAGUCCGUCCCCCAGGGUCACUCAGGUUAAGAACUGCACCACGGGGAGAAUCAAGCCCAGUUCUCUUGAGCUGGGCAACCGAGAAUGCGCUUGGUCACUUGGUUGUGUUCAAGAGGCCAGCUCUCAGCCGGCCUUCUCCAGGGGGUGCUGCCCUUGACCUUGCGGCACUUCUGGGUGGAGGCGUCAGUCAGUCCUCACUUGCUGGGUCGAGUUGGCCCUUGCCCCGUCCCCUUCUCAUCUAGCCAUUUCGGCUGUCCACACUCACCUGGGGGAAAGGGGCACCGAGAUUUGCCCUCACCUUUGGCACAGGGGAGAACCAGUCCCUCUCAGCCUGGCCCGUCUCUCCCAGCACCAGGGUUGGGCAGAAAAGGAGGGAAAAGGGACUUCACUGGUGGUGGAGUAGUGGGUCUCAGAGGGGGUAGGGUGGUGUGUGUGUGUGUGUGUCUCUCUCGAGGAUGGGGUCUGAGUCUCCUGCCACUCCCCUGGCGCACACAACCUCCAUAACCACAGAUCAACGGGGGCGGUGAGCCAGCGUACAGGGCUGCCACAGGAUCACAGACCCAAGCAAGGCCCUCCAGAAAUGAAACUAAAAUGUUAAGUUUCUGAGUCAAUUCUUUUCCGCAACAUUUUCUGAAAGAGAAAACAAGCUCAAAAGUGUGAUAGAUGAAGGGCUGCCCCGCCCCGCCCCGCCCUGCCCCGCUGCCUGGAGUUUCCUCCCUUAACUCGCACUUCCCUCUCACGGGCUAAGGGACUUCCCUAAGGGUCUAAAGGGACAGCCAAGCACCUCUCUAUGACUGUUCUUGUCCUUCCACCUCCCUGAGGGGGUUAUUCCGAAGAUUCCCCCAGUCUUCCCUUUACAUUCACAGAAUUCAAAGGAAUGCGCCGGAAGGGAAAUUUGGAGACUGAAGGUUGUUUAUUGAGCAGAUCUCUGCCAAGAAGAGGGGCAUCAGUUUGGGGUGAGCCUGGGUCAGGGAACCCACCAGAUGGGAGGCUGAGGUGGGCAAGGUGGUUGAGACGUACGGUAUCAGGGAAUGAGGGAGAAGGUGGGGCUACAAGGAAAAGGACAUCUGAAAGGGGGUGAUGAACAGAGGUGUGAGAAAGCAUCCUUAAAUAGGAGUAGAGGCAUCUUCCUGAGGGAGUGAAAGUUGGAAUGUGGGGAUCUCGAUAACAGGGAGGAGCAGAGGACCCCAAAUGUCUGAAAGGACAAUGAGGGGAAUCCGAGUAGAUGGGAGACCACAAGGGGUUGCUUGAGAAUCCUGAGAGAGGAAAACCUCCACCACAGACGGGGGUGGGGGGGUGGGGGGGUGCGUAUCUAUGAAUCCCUCUGUGAAGGAGGCCCGGGACAGGGAGCGUUGGACCCUGGGGUGGGAGGUAUGGGUGAGGGAAGCCUACAAGACAGCUGAGCUCCACAACCUCCUCCCCACCCCCAACCCAGAACCCAGGUUUCAUCUCUUAAUCUCCCUCAUUAAUCAUUCACCUUCCUCCUACCCCCAUCAGCGGAUCUAGUUUCUUCCCAGCUCAGGUUCCAGAGGUUUUGCUGGAAGAAGUCCCCUACUGUGGCCUCACCAUCGUCUGGACACGUCCCUGGCCGCUGGGCUGACCUUAACAGGCUCUGCUGUCAGUGGCCUUCUGCCUUUACUAGUCUCUCCUUCUCUUUCUUGUCCCCCAAAUGAGGAUCGCCCAACUCCGUUGUCCAACCGCAUUACUUGAGCCUGGUUGCUGGGGGGGGAGAAGAUAGGCGGGAGAGAUGGAAGAGGAGGAAGGCAAAGGCCCUUCAGGAGAGAGGGUACUCCCCACAAAUACACUAGUAACUGAGAGCGAGGAAGAGAUGACCUAAAAGCUACACAGAGGACACAGGAGUGUCUGUUUGGUGAUAGGCUUGGGACAUGAGCUAGGCAAUUCCAGCAGGCUCCUGAGACCCUCUUUAAAUGCAGAUUAAGUGAAACCUCAGAGGACUGAGGCUUCCAGCCAGGAGGGUCUCUCUUGGCCCCUUUCCACCACCCCCCCCAUUAGUAACCAAUUAGCAAGGUCCUGAGGCAUUUGGGUUUUCUGCCGUGGCCUGGCUCUGCUCUCAGCCCCAGCAGUGGCCCGCUGGGCUGAGUGUGCUGCUCAGGCUGCAAGCGUACUGAGUGUGUCUGGGGGAGCGGGGAGGGGUCUUACCAAGAGGACCCGGUGUUUCUCCGCCUCUGUUUGGUGGUGGGCCAGGCCAGUGCCUUGGGCUAUGUGAGGUUCCCUCACCCCCACCAUCAAAGCGCCUUCUGGUCCUUGUUAAAGAGUCUUCGGCCCAGGUGCCUUAGAUCUCCCAAGCUCUGUUUAGGGCACCUCAACUGCAGGCUCCACUUGCCCCCGGGAAUAGGCACAGAGGGUCAUUGCACAAGCAGUGGGAGGUGCAGAGGUCUACAGAGGUGAUGUGAUGGCCAGUCCAGGAGGGACUUCUUCUUGGCACUGUUGGAAAAAACCAGAAGAAUCCUGUGGAGGCAUGUCCCUUAGGAAUGGCAGCUGCGAAGCGGAUCGCAUCCGGCGGCGGGACCGCCACAACCCGAGCGGCCAUGAACUCGGGACCCCAGCCUCGGACACCCCGGACACUAUUCAGCAUCGCAGACAUCCUAGGCCCGCGCAGGAUUACCCGAGGAUCUUCUACGUCUCAGCUUCCAGAGUUGAGCCCUGGUCCCAUGUCGCCUCUGUGCGCGCUGGAGGAGCUGACCAGUAAAACUUUCCUCGGACUCAACGGGCACGCUCCGGAGUCCUCUGAAGGCCGCGCAGCCCCGGGUGCGCUGGGCCCCGGCCCCACGGGCCGCAGGCGGCGAAAAUCACGCACGGCGUUCACUGCGCAGCAGGUGCUGGAGCUGGAGCGACGCUUCGUCUUCCAGAAGUACCUGGCGCCUUCAGAGCGUGACGGGCUGGCGGCGAGGCUCGGUCUGGCCAACGCACAGGUUGUCACGUGGUUCCAGAACCGGCGAGCCAAGCUCAGACGCGACGUGGAGGAGAUGCGCGCAGACGUGGCCUCGCUGAGGGCACUGUCUCCCGAAGUCCCGUGCGGCCUGCAGCGGCCGGAUGGCGGCCCCGGUCCCGGCCCGCCGGACUCCGGGCACCACCUGACAGAAGAAGAGAUUCAGGUGGUCGACUGAAGGCAAAGCCGCUGCCUGCCGGGCUCUGGGGCCCCGUCUCUUCACCUCCGUGCCCCGCGCCCUCCGGUUCCCGGGUGGAGGGAGGGUGUGGAUCCGGCCUUCUCUGGCUCAUAGUCCAGACGCUCAGUUUUCCCAGUUGUUGAGAAUAAAAUUGAGACUCAGUCGCA